AUGAUUAUUGCGAAGAAAGUAGCAGCCCAGAAGGGUAUUGACCAGGAAGGCUAUCGUGUGGUAAUCAAUAAUGGUCAGCAUGGCUGUCAGUCUGUCUAUCACAUCCUUUUACACGUUUUAGGAGGGCGGAAGCUCAAGUUCCCUCCAGGAUGACUAGGUAAUAUCUAAUUUUAACAUCUUGAUAUCCACAUUAUCCUGUUCUUGAUUAGGCUCGAUUACCAGCUGCUGUUCGGGAAAAUGAGCCCGCCGAUCAAAGACCGGACCCGGGAGACGGCGGAAAUCAAGCCUAGUUCUUGAUAUGUUGUUCCAGAAAAUAGUCCCUUUGAAAACGUUUGCUUACGUGUAUAAACUCCCCAAUUACAAUAACACCUCUUCAGUUGUAGGCCCGUAUUUUACCUGAAAACAAAGGAAAUUAAGACGGAAUAGAUCAGGAAAAUGAGUAAUUUUAAUUCUUAGUGGACAAAAACCUUGUACGAGAAUAAUUUAAAGAAUAUUGCAUUCUUUUUUACACUUUUCAAGGCCUAAAGAUGUGAUUAGUCAUAUGUAUUGACACCAAAGAAAAUUUCUCAUGGGAGUCCGAAAAAAUGAAUGUCAAAUUUCACAAGAAUUAUGAAAUUUGACAUUCAUUUUUCACAAGAAUUAUGAAAACACAGGUAAACUUCUGAAAAUUUCAUGUUUAAGAUUUUGUGAAAUUUGACAUUUUUGUGAAAUUUUCUGUGGUGUUAUUACAGAUAACUAAUAACAUCUUCAGCCCUUUAAAAGUGCAAAAAAUAAUGCAAUAUGCUCUUAAUUAUUCUGGUACAAGGUUUUUGUCCACUGAAAAUUAAAAUAUUAUUACCCAGUUCCCUGGUGGAUUCCGUCUUUAGUUAAUACAACUGAUUAUAAGCCCCCCUCCCCCCCCCACCCCUUUACUCCAACUGUAUUGACAGAGGUGAAAACGCGUUAUCAUGAUGUUUUGAAGCUUAAUUAACAAGCCAGUCAAUGCAGUACUUAUUUUGAUCUGCACUACUAUAGCUUGUUGUAAAGCGCUUUUUCUAUUUCUGUUUUAAGCCCUCUGUUUAUAAACUCUCCUAAAAUCCCUUAAGAUGAUGUGUAAGCCCAGGGCUUGUAAGCGGCAAUUUAUGGUAAUUACCCAUACUCUUCAACAGACGAGAUGCAACGAGACUGCUGACUGGUGGCCAUUUUCGACGCCUGGGAUGUCAACAUUCUUGUUGCUUAAGAUUGCAAUGAAGAAAUGCCUUUGGGACCCGAGCUAA